AGUCCCUGGCUUUGCUGCGCCGCAGAGAAGAGGCUCGCGUUUCCUUGCCCGUUGAUCGUUUGCUGGGCUGGGCCCCACACUCUCCAUCUUCCAUGGGGGCUCAAAGGCCUCUCAUUGUGCCCUGGUUGUUGGAACAGCUGGAUGCCCAGCAAUUUCCAGGCGUGUCAUGGCUGAACGAGGAACGGACACGGUUCAGGAUACCGUGGAAGCAUGGAUCUCGGCAGAGCAUCAUCCCAGAGGAUUUCCAGCUAUUUGAGGCUUGGGCCAUUGCCAGCGGCCGCUACAAUCCAAGGACUGAUCCCAGGACAGCUUCGGAUUGGAAAAGAAACUUUCGCGCUGCCCUGAACCGAAAGCCAGAGAUCCAGCUGAUAGCGGAUAACAGCACAAACUCAGAAGACCCUCACAAAGUGUUUGAAAUACAACAUCUUGCCAAUCCAAAUGACAAUGGGCAGGCAGUGGCUGGGGAUGUGCAGGAAAACCUGGAGGUACACGGAGACAGUCUACCUUCUGGCCAGGAUGACUCACUAGAGGAUGUGCUGAUGUCCCUCAGCCUCUCCAGUUCCGAAUACGGUGGGUCUGGUGCAAGAUUGGUGCCAGGAGCAGAAAACCCAGCUUAUUAUGCAGGCCUUUCUGCAUCUGGUUUGGAUCCUGGUCCACCAACACUCCCGAUGAUACCACUGGAACCAGCCUUGGGUGCCAGUAAUUUUGAGCCAGUGGCAGACAGUGCGGCUUCCUGUGUAGGCCUGCCUCCAUCUGGUUUGGAUCAGGCCUCACCUAUGGUCCCAGUGCUGCCCUUGGAACAGCUCAUGGAAUCCACAGCGCUAGAAACAGAUUUUGAAGUGCGGGUCUACUAUCGAGGUCGGCAGGUCUUCCACGACACCUUCAGCAAGGUACAGGGCUUGCGCUUUGUGCCCCCUGGAUCUCCUGAACCUUAUCCAGAUUUGGCCGACGUGGUGUUGCCUGAUGUCGCGAUCUUGAAUGAUGAACUGCAAGCAAGCUACACAAGUCGUCUUCUGCGAGGUGUGGCCCCUGGGGUUCUGCUCCGUAUCGAGGGUCCAUCGCUGUGCGGCAGUCGACUGGGUACCUGCCAUGUCUUCUGGAGCCAAUCUGAAGCACCCACAGCCGGGGCACGUUAUGGAGGAUUCCCGAAGAGAAACUUCACUUGCCUUUACAGCCUGCAGCAGUUUGUGCAAGAACUGGUUGGCUUCCUGGAGGGACGUAAUGGCUCCCCUGAAUAUACCCUGUGGUUGUGUUUCGGAGAAGACUGGCCUGACCCCAACUGCAUUUGGAGGAAAAAACUGAUCAUGGUACAGGUCAUCCCCAAGGUUUUCGAAAUACUCCACGAAAUGAGCAAAGCCAGUGGGGCAUCCUCGUUAAAUCAAGUCGAACCAGACCUGAGGAUAUCCGACUCGCUGCAGGACUCCACCUUCUUGGAGCGACUGAAAAACUGGGGGGAGAAGAUGGAUGUGCAGUUUGGCAGCUAGACCCACAAGUCAGGGCUCUUUGGGUCACACUCGACACUCUUGCUUGGUACAAAUCCGUCUUUCUGUGAUGGAAUGGUCCCGCUCGUGAUUUUAGGAAGGGCCUUAAGGUGACGGCAACUCACUGUAAAUGUACUUGCUUCACGUUUGGAAUUCCCACUCAAUGACAGUACCUGCUUCGAUCUUGUCUGACGCCUAGCAUAGGCAAAGCCAACUCCCUUUUAUGCCACUAAUGCUGUGAUUUUUUUUUAAAAAAAACCCUGCUACUUCUAUUAUUUGCACAUUGGGUGAGUUCAGGGGAAAGGAAGGCAUAGAAGAGUUUGGUGAAUAUUGCGCAGGAGUUGAUUGGGCUGUUUUUAAAAUCAACCCCCCAGAAUCUCAGCUUUUAUUUCAAGUCCUCAAUACUCGCCUUGUUUUUUGCAAAACAAAAAUCUUCCUUGCUUUAUAAGGUUCUUCGUUGCCUUGAUGCUUCCUGGCUCAUCUUUCUGUCUUUUUUACACUGUCUGCUGUUCAGGUUUCUCUGAAGCAUUGUAAGAAAACCGACACAUUCCGAGCAGCAUUUUUAUCAAUAAACUCCUCAAGCUGA